UCUGGGGAACUCCUAGACACUCUGUCAGCAGCCCCUCCUUUCUUGCCCUAGUCUCCAAUUCUCCAGUGUUCACAGGUGAGCUCACCAACGGCCACUGCUCAUGAUGGAGGCCAUCAAGAAAAAGAUGCAGAUGCUGAAGUUGGACAAGGAGAAUGCUCUGGAUCGGGCAGAGCAAGCUGAAGCUGAGCAAAAGCAGGCAGAAGAAAGAAGUAAACAGCUGGAAGAUGAGCUGGCAGCCAUGCAGAAGAAGCUGAAAGGGACAGAAGAUGAGCUGGACAAGUACUCUGAAGCUUUGAAGGAUGCCCAGGAGAAGCUGGAGCUGGCAGAGAAGAAGGCAGCUGAUGCUGAGGCUGAGGUGGCCUCCUUGAACCGUCGGAUCCAGCUGGUUGAAGAGGAGCUGGACCGCGCUCAGGAGCGCCUGGCCACUGCCCUGCAAAAGCUGGAGGAAGCUGAGAAAGCUGCUGAUGAGAGUGAGAGAGGUAUGAAGGUUAUUGAAAACCGAGCCUUAAAAGAUGAAGAAAAGAUGGAACUCCAGGAAAUCCAACUCAAAGAAGCUAAGCACAUCGCAGAAGAGGCAGAUAGGAAAUAUGAAGAGGUGGCUCGUAAGUUGGUGAUUAUUGAAGGGGACUUGGAGCGCACAGAGGAACGAGCUGAGCUGGCAGAGUCCCGUUGCCGAGAGAUGGAUGAGCAGAUCAGACUGAUGGACCAGAACCUGAAGUGUCUGAGUGCUGCUGAAGAAAAGUACUCUCAAAAAGAAGACAAAUAUGAGGAAGAGAUCAAGAUUCUUACUGAUAAACUCAAGGAGGCAGAGACCCGUGCUGAGUUUGCUGAGAGAUCGGUAGCCAAGCUGGAAAAGACAAUUGAUGAUUUGGAAGAUGAGCUCUAUGCCCAGAAACUGAAGUACAAGGCCAUUAGCGAGGAGCUGGACCACGCCCUCAAUGACAUGACCUCUAUAUAAACUGAAAUGCACCAAAGAGGAGCACCUCUGUACACAAAGGAUGCUGGACCAGACUCUGCUUGACCUGAAUGAGAUGUAGAGCACCCCAGUCCUGCCCUGCCGCUGCGCCUCCCUCUCACCCUGACUCCGCCUCAGGCCAGCCUGCCCGAAGCUGACCUUUAAACUGAGGGCUGAUCUUUAACUGGAAGGCUGCUUUCUCCUUUCGCCGCCUCUCCCACCCCCACCCCUGUGUUUUUUUCACCAAACUGUCUCUGCCUCUUCCCAGAGAUUCCAGUUGGGCUAGAGGCUGAGCACCUUUGGGAACAACAUUUAAGGGAAUGUGAGCACAAUGCAAAGUGUCUCUCAAAGCAUGUUGUGAUGUACACAUUUUGUAAUUACCUUUUUUGUUGUUAUUGAUGUAGCAACCAUUUGUAAAACAUUCCAAAUAAUUCCACAGCUCCGAAGCAGCGGUCUAAUCCCUUUCUCCCUUUUGGAAGGUAACUUUUUAGCUUAAUGCAUAUUGCCGUCUCCAUAGAGGAAGGAAAGAGGUAUGGGCCUGCCUUACUGAGAGCCAGACAGAGCCCAGAAAAAGACUCCACUAUGGGAAACCUCAUCGCACUGUACAAAGUACCAGCCAAACCAGAAAGGUGAUUCCAGGAGGAGUUAGCAAAAAAAAAAAAAAGUGCUGUUCAGGUUUUCAGCUUUAAGGUAUCUUUGGGCAAUUUUAUUUUUAUUUUUUUCAUCAGAAGUGACCAAACAAAUUAAGAUGGUGAGACCUCUCUGAGACCAAAUCCUUGUCCCAUCUCUACUCCCUUCCCAACUGCUCACAGAAUUGAUCAUGUGUCCCUUAUGUUGAGGUGACCACUUAUUUGCUCCCCUGCAUUCUUGAAAGAAAGGAAGGAAAAUUAUGUUUUUGCCACUGAUUUAGCCAUAUGAAACUCAUCUCAUCACCCUAUUGUGGGUCUGAAGCUGCUGUCUCUAAAAGUGCCAUCUCAUUGUGCUUCGUAUCAGUUAGUGCUGGAGAAAUCUUGAAUAGCUUAUGUACAAAACUUUUUAAAUUUUAUAUUAUUUUGAAACAUUGCUUCUUUGGGGUUGGGGCACACUGGCUACCCCAUUUGGCUGUGAGAGCUCUCUAUAGUCUGUGGGCCAGCAGUGUGCUGAUCUUUUGAAGUUUUUUUCCCUACCCAAUCCUCCCUUUUUGGUGAGGUUUCUGUGAGGUCUAUUAGGUGUGCAUCCUGCAGCUUAUUGGCUUAAAAUGUACUCUCCUUUGGUGUGGUCUCUUUGGGGGCCAAUUGGGAGAAAGAGAAACCAAUAGUGCAACUGUUUUGAUACUGAAAAUUGACAAGUGUCUUUUUGAAAUAAAGAACCAGUCCCUCCAA